AUGGGACAUCAUCAACUCCUGAUUGUGGUGCUCGCCUUACUGAUAUGGCAGCUGGUGGCUACGACCUUCACCUUGGACCGGCAGGAACGUGCCGCUCUAGUGUUUCCUCGUGGAAGUUCAAUGGGCUAUCUGCUAGCCAUUGCCAUCCCGCUGCUAGUACCAGGACGCAACAUCUACCUGUCGCACAACUUCGAAGCAAACUACGGCGUACCAUCGAACGAGACGCAAUACUUUCUCUGGUAUCAGCGAUUUAAAGACAGCAAAUUCAACAUCACUGAAGCAAUUGAAACGAAUCGACGCCGGCGGAGGGAACUGCUGCCCGGGUUUAGUCGCGCAUACUUCUACGAUCAGCUCGAGCAACGGAUGGAGCUGUAUGGAUUUAAUGCGACCGGUUGCAUGGAGCGUCUGAUCUGUGAGGUGUCGGAACUUCCGCUCGGCGAGCAUAAUGGAGUGUUUGGCGAUGUGUUGAGUGUGAUCUUCAGACCAUCUGCAUCGGUACGUGAAGCUCUUCCGGAUGAAUACUACGAGGCAGAGUCUAGAGGACCGACAGAGGGAUGUAAACGCUAUCGAGCAUACUGUAGUACGGACCUGCUCGGAUUCGUAUCAACCGUACUUUAG